AUGCCCAUGACCGAUGAAACGGACGACAGCGGGGGGGUUAUCCUGGAUGGCCCCUUUGAUCCAGAUGCGCAAGCCACCGUCACCGACUUCAUUGAUUUCACUGAAUACCUUCCCGCCGAUGUCAUCCGCUCCCAAACUCAUAUCCGCAAACUCGAUGAACGAUACCUCGAGUCAACCCAAUCCGUGCACGAGCUCCUCAAGAUCUAUGGCGAGCUCCCCAAUCUCCCCCCAGACCAGCGGCCAGACCCCAUCGAGCUGCGCGCAAAAAUCUCCGAGCAGCUGGAUCGCGCCAUCAAUGCGCGCGAGUCCGCGUUUGCGGAGGCCUCCCGCCUCUACGAUACAGUCGAUCGCCAUUUUGAGCGCCUGGGUUGCAUUCGCCAGAAGCUCGAAGCCCUACCCAUGCCUGCCUCGGCAGAGCCAUCUCCACCCCCAGAGCCCUCCCCGAAGCGCGCGCGCGGCGGCAAGAAAAAUGCCCGCGACCCCCCGACGCGUCUUACCCUUCGUUUGGACGGCGGUCGCAACCGCAGAGAUGGCAAGAGGAGGCGCAAUUCAGCCGUGGAGGGGGUAUUCGAUCCGGAUUCUCCGCUGGCCAGUACUGAGCAGUCAGAUGCUGACGCAGAUAAUGCCAGGGUGGCUCCCAAACCUAGACCUCCCAAGAAGGAGAAGGCGCGGCGCCCCAGCUCGGGCAUGGCGCAAUCAACGUCCCAGGCUCUUGCGCAAUUGAAACCUCCUCCAGUUGAUGCAAAGCUGGGCAGUGAAGAUUUACCAUGGCUUCGACUAACAGAGUGGGAGAUGACUAGGCUACGAAAGAAGAUGAAGAAGAAUGCUGUGUGGCAACCCAGCGAAGUCAUGAUUCACCGCGAGUUGGCUCUUUCUAAUCGUGGGUGGGAAGCAUACCGCGCCGCCAAGAUCAUUGCGGAAGAGACUGGGGAAGAGUUGAUCGACUGCGACAAUAUCGAAGAGACGAGGCCUGGCCAGACUGCCAAGGAUCUUGAAGAGACGAAAUUGAGCAACCGCGGGAUGAAACUGAACGAAGCAAAAAAAUUGAAGCGGGAACAGCUGGCCCGUGAGCAAGCCUUGAUGGAAGGUGAAGGAGUUGUAUUGCCUCGGCCCUUGCCAAGUCCCACCCAAGCAACACCCGCCACUAGUCGAUCAUCGCGGAAGAGGAAGCUCGAAGAGGCUGCUGUUGAUGAAACCGAAGAAAUUUCCGCUGAACCGGCCACUCCUGUCCCUGCCCCCGCUCCUCCUCCCGCACCUCCUGCGCCUCCUGUGCCUCCUAUUUCCGCUCCUGUUCCAACUCCUCCAGCACUCCCUUCGAGGUCUGGACCGUCUCGACGCAAGUCCAGCCGAGGAGCUGUCCCGGCUACUGAGCCUAUCGAUGAACCAGCCCCUCAAAUCAAGACCCAGGCUUCUCCUCCAGCGGAAACAAAAGCAUCACCACCUCCUCCUAGCCCUACAGGCUCUCGACGCUCUAACCGAUCCUUUGUCUUACCCAUCACUACACCUACACCACCCGUUACCAGACCAUCCUCCCGUCGAUCUGUAGCUGCCACCAUUGAAGGCGGAGCCCUGGGCAGCACCCUCGGCAGCAUUCCUACAGCCGUUGCAGCAAGCGGACGCGAUCGUCGCAUCAAGAGCGCUACACCAGCCCAGAAAACUCCCGUCCGCGAAUCAUCCCAUGGGCCCACCGCUGGUCCCACUCGCCGACGCAAGCGCCCUGCACCGGGCCCUAUCUCCACCGGCCAAGAUGGUGGCGCCGCAGUCAGCUAUGGACGACGCAAAGCCAAGCCUGGCAAGAAACGCCUCAGCGUCCGUGACUCCCAAGAUGUCCGCGUGGACGAAGAUGGUGUACUUGAGCAAAUCGACGCUAAUGAGCCCCGCUAUUGUUUAUGUGGAGAUGUCAGUUUCGGAACGAUGAUCUGUUGCGAAAACCAAGAUUGUGAUCGUGAAUGGUUCCACCUUGAUUGUGUGAGCUUGACUGAGCCUCCCUCUCGCACGGCCAAGUGGUAUUGUCCCCAGUGCCGAAUCAAGUUGCAUAAAGGGGAGGAUGGAAUUAUCAAGGGUGGGUCGCGGCGUUAG